CCCUUUAGCCGGUAAAACCCUCGUUGUCUUUCUCCUCCUUUAUCGUCUGCUGCUUCUGCCCAAAAAGUCAGACGAAACCAAAAGGAAAUUCAAAUGGCAAAGCGUUUAAUUCCUCUCCUUAACCGAGUUUUGGUGGAGAAAGUGAUCCCUCCUGCUAAGACAAAUGCUGGGAUUUUGCUUCCGGAAAAAACCGCCAAGUUGAACAUGGGGAAAGUUGUUGCUGUCGGUCCAGGGUAUCAUGAUAGCCAGGGAAAGCUGAUUCCUGUUACCGUGAAGGAGGGGGAUAAUGUGCUGCUGCCUGAAUAUGGAGGAACUCAAGUGAAGCUCGGCGAGAAAGAGUACCAUUUGUACCGAGAUGAUGACAUCCUUGGAACAUUGCAUGAUUAGAAAGCUGCUACUUCCACCAUGUUAAAGAUAUUACAUUGGUGGUAUGCUAGGACUAUGUAUCAGCGGGUCGGAGAAUUGGAUUCUCUUAGGAUGGAAAAUGCCAUUUCUUAGUUUUAAAAUGUUGAUUAACUUAGAAGGCUGUCUUGACAUUUUAAUGAAGUAUUGCGUCUUUCUGACCCUUGAGCCUUAACUCGUGAAUUGGCCAAUUGUGUCGCAGAAACUGUUUAAUGCUUGCAUUCUUGUAGGUAAUUGAUAUAGGCAAUGGAGUCGUUGAUCCCAUUGCACAUUUGAACAA